CAUCCACCCUGUAAACCCAAAAUAAUGUUCUCCGAAAGCCUGUUAUGAGAAAUGUGCUUCUUAUGAGGUAUUUUUCUGUUUUAAUGUCACUCUUCCAUUUUGUGUCAGACAGGCACAUUGUCUCUAAGUCGGGAGGCGGAUCGAGGCGCUCACUCAGUAACAGCAGCUCUAUGGAAGAUUGUGUGUUGAUGUGGAAACCGGGGUCUUUCAUCUAGAUGUCACUCACACAGAACAUUUUAUUACUUUGUGAAGUGGGUGACGGUGAAAUGUAUGAUUUACAUGCCUGGAGAAAAACAGUAAUGCAUUGCUUAUUUGUUUUGUUCUCUGCCAUACAGUUAAAUUAAGUCCAGUUAAAGAGAGCGUAUUUAGUCUGUGAUUUCUUUAUUGCAUCUCAUUCAGUAUGAAGAAAAUUAGGUUUGCAUAGGCUAGUUUAUUGAAUUUUAGAUUUCCUGCUCCCGACAAGAUUAGUGCAGGAUACAAAUGCAUGGAUAUUGGACACAGACACGCACACACACACACACACAAAGACGCUCAUUUUAAGGCCCCUAUAUCACUAAUUUAACACUUAUUGCCACACUUGAACCCUAGAAAACACUUGUUUUAUGAGCAGUGUAGUACACUGUUGGCAAAUAAAUCUGAGCUCUUUGGCAGAAUGUCAAAUUCAUUAGACAUUCAUUAGCUCAGUGGGGAGCAGAAAUCUUUUUUUUCUCCUCAAAUUAGGGUCAAUAAUUGAUUUAGCUCCUUCCACUGAGUACUUUGCAGUUAUUUACUUCGGUGACAAAGUCAAGAGAGGUCUCCGUUGUCUCUCGAUUGUCUCCUAUGGACUUUUUGUCACUAACAGCAGGGGGCAAGUCUUUUUCCCAGAAUGCAUUUAGAUUAUUCAUUCGCACCCUCACGAGACACCCUCCCUUCCCUUGGUUGCAAAUCUCCACCACUGGCCUAAUUAUACUCAUGAAUUAAGCAUCGUUCGGGGGCAAAAUAGAAACGAGAAACCUUUUCAGGGAGAGUCGCUCACCGCUGUUUAAAUGUCAACAUCUCAAACCUCCCCCGUCCCCCCCCGUCGUUGGGCUGGGCUCGUACCAUAGGGACCGGAGAUGGAGUCUGUCCCAUUUACGCCACUCUCAGAUUCUACUACCAUGCGGCACAGACCUCCUUAGACUGUAUGGGUACACUUAGCAUUACAUUGACAUUCCCAUGACAUUUCAGUACUUGCUGUAAAGCACGUUUUUUAGUUGUGUCUCGCUUGUAUGCAAUCGUUCAACUCAACGAAUGAACUAAACAUCCAAAAGAAACUUUUCUCCAAAGGACGGUUUUGAGACUGGACAGUGAUGAUGUCCAUGCAAAUGAACGAGGCCGAGGGCACGGUGAAGGUGGCCGAGUGGCAGCAGACGUACUACACCUCCGACUCUGGCAUUCAGUCAGGCGCCACCACCGUGAGGGAGGACGAGGGCACAGAGUACAGCACCAAGAACUACAAUGUCACCAACACGAUGGUGGAAAGCUCGACAGAUAUGGAGGCCCAGUAUACACUGACCCGUGCUCAGAGGGUGAGAGCGGCCAUGUUCCCGGAGACCCUGGUGGAAGGUGAGGCGGUGCUGGCCGCCCAAAAGGACCCUGGCCAGCAGACUAACGUUCAGCAGCUGGCCGAACCCUCGCAGCUCCUCAAGACCGCCAUCGUUCACCUCAUCAACUACCAGGACGAUGCAGAGUUGGCUACUCGUGCCGUUCCGGAACUCACCAAGCUCCUAGCUGACGAAGACGCGGUGGUCGUCAACAAGGCGGCCAUGAUCGUGAAUCAGCUGACGCGGAAGGAGGCGUCUCGCCGGGUGCUGAUGUCGUCUCCCCAGAUGGUGGCAGCGGUGAUCCGGGCCAUGCAGAACACCGGGGACAUGGAGACGGCCCGCUGUGCCGCCAGCGUCCUCCACAGCCUGUCCCACCAGAGGGAGGGCCUGCUCGCCAUAUUCAAGUCCGGGGGCAUCCCCGCCCUGGUCCGCAUGCUCAGUUCCCCCAUGGAGUCGGUGCUGUUCUACGCCAUCACCACCCUCCAUAACCUGCUGCUGCACCAGGAGGGGGCCAAGAUGGCCGUUCGCCUGGCGGAUGGUCUGCAGAGGAUGGUGCCCCUGCUGAAGAAGAGCAACCCCAAAUUCCUGGCCAUCACCACUGACUGCCUGCAGCUGCUCUCCUAUGGAAACCAGGAGAGCAAGCUUAUCAUCCUAGCCAACGGGGGCCCAGAGGGGCUGGUCUUCAUCAUGAGGAACUAUAACUAUGAGAAGCUGCUGUGGACCACCAGCCGUGUGCUCAAAGUGCUCUCUGUGUGCCCUAGCAACAAGCCCGCCAUCGUGGAAGCUGGAGGCAUGCAAGCCCUGGGACAGCACCUGACCGGAUCCAGCCAGCGCCUGACACAGAACUGUCUCUGGACCCUGAGGAACCUAUCUGAUGCCGCCACUAAACAGGAGGGCCUGGACGGUCUGCUGCAGGUGCUGGUGAGCCAGCUGGGUUCUGACGACGUCAACAUGCUGACAUGUGCCACCGGGAUCCUGUCCAACCUCACCUGCAACAACUCCCGUAACAAGGCCCUGGUCACACAGUGCGGUGGUGUCGAGGCCCUCAUCCACGCCGUGCUGAGGGCCGGGGAGAAGGAGGACGUGGCGGAGCCCGCCGUGUGCGCCCUGCGUCACCUGACGUCACGCCACCAGGACGCGGAGCUGGCCCAGAAUGCUGUGCGGCUGCAUUACGGCAUUCCAGCCAUUGUCAAACUGCUUGGGCAGCCUCACUACUGGCCUGUGGUGAAGGCCACGGUUGGUUUGAUCCGUAACCUGGCACUGUGCCCAGUAAACCAGGCCCCGUUGAGAGAUGCCGGAGCCAUCCCCCGAUUGGUCAACCUGUUGCUGAAGGCUCACCAAGACACCCAGAGACACGCCUCCAGCGCUCAGCAGACAUACCAGGAUGGCGUUCGUAUGGAGGAGAUAGUUGAGGGCUGCACAGGGGCCCUGCACAUCCUGGCCAGAGACCCCGUCAACAGGGGGGAGAUCGCCAGCAUGCAGACCAUUCCGCUGUUUGUUCAGCUGUUGUACUCGUACGUGGAGAACGUGAAGCGAGUGUCUGCCGGUGUGCUAUGUGAGUUGGCCCUGGACAAGCAGUCGGCUGAGAUGAUCGACGCAGAGGGAGCGUCCGCCCCCCUCAUGGAGCUGCUGCACUCCAGCAACGAGGGCAUCGCCACCUAUGCAGCGGCCGUCCUUUUCCGUAUCUCGGAGGACAAGAGCUCUGACUACAGGAAGCGUGUGUCUGUGGAGCUCACCCACUCACUCUUCAAACAUGACCCUGUCGCCUGGGAGAUGGCCCACAAUGCUGUACCCAUGGAAGCUGCAUACCUGGCGGAUGAUCUGGACGGAGCCUACCCACCCUACGGCUACACUGACCUGCCCAUGGAUGGCAUCCCAUUGGAGGCAGAAAUGCAUGAGCAGUACAUGCCUGAGAUGACCUACGACCCCCGACAGGCCUACCCAGAGCCCCUUUAACACACAGGGCUAGGCACAAAAUGGAGUUAGAGAAAUGAGCAUGAAGACCACGGAGAGAUGGCUGGAUGCGGAUUUCAUCACAAAGGGAAACUCCAAUUUCAUGGGGAGACAUUGGGCAAUCAGGGACUGUUAUGAAAAAAAAAAGAAAAAAGAAAAAAAAAGGAAAAAAAAGAAUUUAGUGUUUGUCAAAAUGAAGAAUUGCUUUGCUACAGUUAAUGUGGAGGGGGAUUGAGCUUAAAACUUUUAGAUGCUGUGUUGGUUUUAGACAUUAACUUGCAUAAUUACAGUACACUUUUCAGUAUUUUUUUUCUUCAGGUGUAGCCUCUGUUUUGCAUGGUGGUAAUGCGUAGCCACAUUCAACAAUAACUGAUGCCACUGAGCUCAGACAUUGAGAGGUCCUGGUAUUUGGAACAGCAGCAGUCCCUGUGCUGCCUAUUACCAAGCCCCCAUUACAUUACCCAGAAUGCAGCUGGGUCCACAACAAGAACCCUUUCCCCUUAGGGCGUGUCCACAGAACCCUCCUCUGAGGGUGUGGCCACAACGAGAACCCUCUCCACUGAGAGUGGCCAAAACGUGAAGCCUCUCCCUGAGGGCAUGGCCACAAUGAGAAUCAUCUCUCUGAGGGCGUUGCCACAACGAGAAGCCCCCCACUGAGAGUGUGGCCACAACGAGAAGCCUCUCCCUGAGGGCGUGGCCACAACGAGAACCUUCUCCCCUGAGGUGUGUCCAGAGAAUUUUCCACUGAGGGAGUGUCCAACAACAAGCACCCUCUCACCUAAGGGAGUUUCCACCAAACGAUCCUCUGAGGGCGUGACCAGAGAACCCUCCUCUGAGGUCGUGUCCACAACAAGAACCAUUUCCCCAGAGGAUGUGUCCACAACAAGAACCAUUUCCCGAGAGGAUGUGUCCACAACAAGAACCAUUUCCCCAGAGGAUGUGUCCACAACAAGAACCAUUUCCCCAGAGGGCGUGUCCAGAAUGUGAACACUCUCUGUGAGGGCGUGUCCACAACCACUGCCUCACAGCACAGUGGACUCCCAAGCACACUAAACUAUAUGUUCGGCUGGUAUUGUUGGUUUUCCUCUGGUCCUGUAGACCAGUCGUGCUCACAAACAGUUGCAGAUACUCUACCGCAAUCUACUUACAGCAUAUACAUAAACGUCAAGGACUCCAAUACAUUUUGCUUCGACAUUAAACGCGUGUACGAUGUAAAACGUCAUGCCUGGCUUGCCCCUUUCCUACAGCUACUACAACUGACGUUUCCACAAGUAAAGUGUGUGCAUUGUUAUGAAAGAUAUUUUUUUUAAAUGUGUCUUUUUGGGCAGGGUGGGGGGGCUGUCUUUCUGAGAUAAGAGGCAGAGGAUGUAUGCCAAAGAGAUUUAUUUUAUGACAAGGAUAAUCAUGUAACUUUUCCGUUGUUUUCUAUUUUGAUUGUGGGAAUUGUGCAGGGGGGGCACAGUAAUCGUGAUCCUGUAGUUUGUAGUGUGUGCUAUACAAUCCCACUGCACAUUCCUACCAAACAAGAGAGAAAAAAAAUCGAUGGAUGAUGGAAUGAUAUAGUGGUUAAGAGAUGAGUGCACCACAUGAAUGGAGGGAAAUUAACACUAUGAAUAUGCAUUUUUACAGAACAUUUUUAGUUUGAAACUUUUUUCAAAUAAAACAAACUAUAUUAAUUA